AAGCAACCAGGUCUGUCAAGGGGAAGAGAAAUGACAUCAGAUCAAGUGAAUUUAGGCAAGCUGUAACAAUGUCAAUGACAUAAGGAUUGAAAUAAAAAUGAUUAAAAGGAAAACAACUUGUACGGUCAGGGAGGCCGACCACUUGGUUUUUCAAUAUAUAUAUAUAUAGCAGGCACCUGCUAGUGCAACGUCAUAAUGUGAACCAAGAAGCUGCUAUAGCAGUUCUUUUUUAUAAAGUUCUUGACCUGUGUUUCUUUUUUAUAACCAUGACUAGAAAGACAGAAUAAAAUGGAAGUUGGAGCUAAUUCUUUCUUCUUCCUCAUGUUCUUUCUUGAUUAGACCAUCUGAUGCUUUGCGCAGUCAGGAACUCAGGAUACAAACUCGCAUCCAACUUCCAUGCUAGUAUCACCAGAAAACCAUGCAGCCACCUCAUUUUUCAUACAAGACACAAAGCAACAGACUGCCCAUACCUGUUCUUAGCCUUGCCCUUGUGCUGCUGCUCAACUUCACCUCUCCCACCAGUUCAUGUACAGAGCAGGAGAAGAACUCCCUCCUCAAUUUCCUCACCGGGCUUUCUAAGGAUGGAGGCCUCAGCAUGUCAUGGAAGGAUGGCGUGGAUUGUUGCGAGUGGGAAGGGAUCACCUGCAGAACAGAUAGGACCGUGACUGAUGUUUCACUGCCUUCUAGGAGCCUCGAGGGGUACAUCUCUCCAUCUCUUGGCAACCUGACUGGAUUGCUGCGCCUCAACCUGUCCUACAACCUGCUAUCCAGUGUCCUACCGCAGGAAUUGCUGUCUUCCAGCAAACUCAUCGUCAUAGACAUCAGCUUUAACCGCCUGAAUGGAGGUCUCGACAAGUUGCCAUCUUCAACCCCUGCCAGGCCACUGCAGGUACUCAACAUCUCAAGUAAUUUGUUAGCAGGACAGUUUCCAUCCUCCACAUGGGUAGUGAUGACAAAUCUGGCCGCACUCAAUGUCAGUAACAACAGCUUUACUGGGAAAAUACCAACUAAUUUCUGCACCAACUCACCAUCCUUAGCUGUGCUUGAACUCAGUUACAACCAAUUCAGUGGGAGCAUUCCCCCUGAACUUGGAAGUUGCUCCAGGCUGAGAGUCCUCAAGGCUGGCCAUAACAACCUUAGUGGGACUCUCCCUGAUGAAAUCUUCAAUGCUACCUCGUUAGAGUGCCUCUCUUUUCCAAACAAUAAUUUACAAGGAACACUUGAAGGGGCAAAUGUUGUCAAACUCGGUAAGCUGGCUACCCUUGACCUUGGAGAGAACAACUUCAGUGGUAACAUUCCAGAGUCUAUCGGUCAGCUCAACAGAUUGGAGGAACUCCAUUUGAACAACAACAAAAUGUUUGGGAGCAUACCAUCAACCCUGAGCAACUGCACAAGUCUGAAAACCAUCGACCUCAAUAGCAACAAUUUCAGUGGAGAGCUCAUGAAUGUCAAUUUCUCCAAUCUACCCAGUCUACAAACUUUAGAUCUUCGGCAGAACAUCUUCAGUGGUAAAAUUCCAGAAACAAUAUACUCAUGCAGCAACCUAACUGCCCUGCGGCUAUCUUUGAAUAAAUUCCAAGGCCAGUUAUCAAAGGGACUAGGCAAUCUGAAGUCCCUUUCCUUCCUGUCACUCGGUUACAACAAUCUCACAAACAUAACAAAUGCACUACAGAUAUUAAGGAGCUCCAGCAAACUCACCACCCUUCUUAUUAGCAACAACUUCAUGAAUGAAAGUAUACCAGACGAUGAUAGAAUUGAUGGUUUUGAGAAUCUUCAGGUUCUUGACCUAAGUGGAUGCUCCUUUUCUGGAAAAAUACCUCAAUGGUUAUCAAAACUCUCGAGGUUGGAGAUGCUGGUUUUAGACAACAAUCAACUAACUGGACCAAUACCUGACUGGAUCAGCAGCCUAAACUUCCUCUUCUAUCUAGAUGUAUCAAAUAACAAUCUGACGGGAGAAAUUCCGAUGGCCUUAUUACAGAUGCCAAUGCUAAGGUCAGACAGGGCUGCAGCACAAUUGGACACUAGAGCAUUUGAACUACCCGUAUAUAUAGAUGCAACACUACUUCAAUACCGCAAGGCCAGUGCUUUUCCCAAAGUGCUGAAUCUAGGUAACAAUGAAUUCACCGGUUUGAUCCCUCAAGAGAUUGGUCAGUUGAAAGCGCUCCUUUUGCUUAAUUUGAGCUUUAACAAAUUAUAUGGAGAUAUCCCCCAGUCGAUCUGCAACCUCAGAGACCUGCUAAUGCUGGAUUUAUCAAGCAAUAAUCUAACUGGUACAAUCCCAGCCGCACUGAACAAUUUAACCUUUCUUAUCGAAUUCAGCGUCUCGUAUAAUGACCUAGAAGGGCCUAUCCCAACUGGCGGACAGUUUAGUACAUUCACAAAUUCUAGCUUUUAUGGCAAUCCAAAGCUGUGUGGUCCUAUGCUUACACACCAUUGCAGUUCAUUUGAUAGACAUUUGGUCUCAAAGAAACAACAAAACAAGAAGGUCAUACUUGUAAUUGUUUUUUGUGUCCUUUUUGGAGCCAUUGUCAUUCUUUUGUUGUUGGGGUAUCUCCUUCUGUCAAUCAGGGGUAUGAGUUUCACGACCAAAAGUAGGUGCAACAAUGAUUACAUAGAAGCAUUAUCACCGAACACCAAUUCAGAUCAUUUGUUGGUAAUGUUGCAGCAAGGCAAGGAAGCAGAAAACAAGCUCACAUUCACUGGCAUUGUGGAAGCUACAAACAAUUUUAACCAGGAGCACAUCAUUGGAUGUGGAGGUUAUGGAUUAGUCUACAAGGCACAGUUACCUGAUGGCUCUAUGAUUGCCAUCAAGAAACUUAAUGGUGAAAUGUGUCUGAUGGAAAGGGAGUUCAGUGCAGAGGUUGAAACGCUCUCCAUGGCACGACAUGACAAUCUUGUGCCACUCUGGGGUUACUGUAUCCAGGGAAACUCGAGGCUCCUCAUAUAUUCUUACAUGGAGAAUGGCAGCCUGGAUGAUUGGCUUCAUAACAAGGAUGAUGAUACCAGCACAAUUCUAGAUUGGCCAAGACGGCUCAAAAUAGCAAAAGGGGCAAGCCAUGGCCUUUCUUACAUCCACAAUAUCUGCAAGCCUCGUAUUGUCCACCGUGACAUCAAAUCUAGCAACAUCCUUCUCGACAAAGAAUUCAAAGCUUAUAUUGCAGAUUUUGGAUUAUCACGGUUGAUCCUUCCCAACAAAACUCAUGUCACAACUGAGCUAGUUGGCACUCUUGGUUACAUCCCACCUGAGUACGCCCAGGCAUGGGUUGCUACAUUGAAAGGUGAUGUAUACAGUUUCGGAGUGGUCCUGCUUGAGCUUCUCACUGGGAGGAGGCCAGUUCCGAUACUGUCUACCUCAAAGGAACUUGUCCCAUGGGUACAGGAGAUGGUAUCAAAUGGAAAGCAGAUUGAGGUGCUGGAUUUAACAUUUCAAGGCACAGGGUGUGAAGAGCAAAUGCUAAAGGUCCUUGAAAUUGCUUGCAAGUGUGUCAAAGGUGAUCCUUUGCGGAGGCCUACUAUGAUAGAAGUAGUAGCCAGUCUGCACAGUAUAGACCCUGACGGCCUGACCUAAAGAUACAAUAAUAUGACAAAUAAUCUUGUACUUUCAGUGAACUGAGUUGAUCUAGUCUCACUAGUGCUAGUAUUUCUGAUUGGUCUUUUAGUUCAUUCUGUACAGCUUAUGUCAGACUAAUGUCAUUUUGAGGCAUUGCCGUUCACUAUAUUAGUAGUAGUAGAUAAGAGUUCAUGUAAUGUGUUUUAUUUUUCCUGUUUAUUGGAACACUAACCGUGCUCAUGUUGUACACGCAUGACAACAAAAGUAACAAGCAGCGAGAAUGUUGUUAUGUUCCAUGAGUUUUGCACUGAGAAAUUAAGUCAAAAUGAUUUCUACUCAAGCGAA